GUGUGUGUGUGUGUGGUGGACUUUCUACCAGCGCUGCUGUGGGAGAGAGUGGCUCCAAGUUGGGAAGAACACAACAAGCAAGUGUUGUGACGAACAACACCUUUUUUUUGGAGGAAAUAUUAUCGAACGCUUGUGUGUAAAAGUCGACAGGCUUGUGACUGCAGGAGGCAAGGAUGUCUAUGCAAAUGGGUGAAAUGGAUAGAGGCGUAACAAAGGUGACGGAGUGGCAAGAGACGAUGUAUGGCUUCGACUCUGGCAUCCAGUCUGGAGCCAACACCGUUAGAGAUGAUGGUGGCGACCACACCUCCAAGCAGUACACCAUGACCACUGUCACAACGGAACCGGCAGAUUCCCAAUACGUGUUGACCAGAGCCCAGCGGGUGCGUGCUGCCAUGUUCCCGGAGACGCUGAAUGAAAGCACAACCAUCAUGACCACUACCCAAACAGAUCCUUCCCAGAUGACUAACGUCCAGCGACUGGCAGAGCCUUCCCAGAUGCUUAAGGCAGCCAUCAUUCAUCUGAUAAACUACCAAGAUGAUGCCGAACUGGCAACACGUGCAGUGCCUGAACUCACUAAACUACUCAACGAUGAAGAUCAGGCGGUGGUCAGCAAGGCAGCUCAGAUUGUCAACCAGCUAACCCGCAAGGAGGCAUCCCGACACGCGCUGAUGCAAUCGCCUCAGGUGGUGUCUGCAGUGGUCCGAGCCAUGCAGAACACCAGCGACAUGGAAACGGCCAGAGUCACAGCCAGCAUCCUUCACAAUCUCUCCCACAAAAGAGAGGGUCUGCUCUCCAUUUUCAAGUCUGGCGGCAUCCCUGCGCUUGUCCGCAUGCUCAGCUCUCCCGUGGAAUCAGUGCUCUUCUAUGCCAUUACAACGCUCCACAACCUCCUCCUACACCAGGAGGGAGCGAAGAUGGCUGUUCGUCUGGCUGACGGCCUGCAGAGGAUGGUUCCCCUCCUGAAGAAAAGCAACCCCAAGUUUUUGGCCAUCACUACAGACUGUCUGCAGCUGCUGUCCUAUGGCAACCAGGAGAGCAAGCUCAUCAUCCUCGCCAACGGGGGUCCUGAGGGUCUUGUACACAUCAUGAGAAACUACAACUAUGAGAAGCUCCUGUGGACCACAAGUCGUGUGCUCAAAGUCCUAUCAGUGUGCCCCAGCAACAAACCCGCCAUUGUAGAGGCUGGUGGGAUGCAAGCUCUGGGUAAGCACCUGAGUGGGUCCAGCCAGCGUCUGAAUCAGAACUGCCUGUGGACACUCAGGAACCUGUCUGAUGCUGCCACCAAGCAGGAGGGAAUGGACAGCCUGCUGCAGAUGUUGGUCAACCUGCUGAGCUCAGACGACAUUAACAUGCUCACCUGUGCCACCGGGAUCCUGUCCAAUCUCACAUGCAACAAUGCCUACAAUAAAACUCUGGUCACCCAGAGCAACGGCGUGGAGGCGCUGAUACAUGCUAUACUGCGCGCCGGCGAGAAAGAGGAUGUGACUGAACCCGCCAUUUGCGCCCUGCGUCACCUAACCUCACGCCACCAGCAGGCUGAGAUGGCACAGAACGCAGUGAGGAGACACUAUGGCAUCCCCGCCAUUGUCAAGCUGCUGAACCAGCCGUACUACUGGCCUGUUAUAAAGGCGGUGGUUGGCCUGAUCCGUAACCUGGCUCUGUGCGCAGAGAACCAAGCUCCGCUGAGGGAUGCAGGAGCCAUCCCCCGCCUGGUUAACCUGCUGCUCAAAGCCCACCAGGAUGCUCAGAAACAUGGUUCAUCCAACCAACAGACAUACCAGGAUGGAGUGAGGAUGGAGGAGAUAGUGGAGGGCUGCACAGGAGCUCUGCACAUCCUGGCCAGAGAUCCUGUCAACAGAGCAGAGAUCGCAAACCUGCAAACCAUCCCUCUCUUUGUUCAGCUUCUCUACUCACCUGUGGACAACGUAAAGCGUGUGGCGGCAGGUGUGCUGUGUGAGUUGGCCCUGGACAAACAAUCAGCUGAGGCCAUUGACGCAGAGGGAGCGUCUCCUCCGCUGAUGGAACUGCUACACUCCAACAACGAGGGCAUCGCAACUUACGCCGCAGCCGUCCUCUUCCGCAUCUCUGAGGAUAAGAACGCCGACUACAAGAAGAGAGUUUCCAGGGAGCUCACACACUCCAUGUUCAAGCACGACCCCGCCGCCUGGGAGUUGGCCCACAACAGUGUCCCGGUAGACGUUCCCUACCAAGACGAGCUGGACGUUCCUUUCCAAAACUACGGAGGCUACCCAGGCGACAUACCAAUGGACGGCGUGGACGGAGGCAUGAUACACGACGAUUUCGUCAACAUGCAAUACGAACGACAGCAGCAGUUUGAGCCUUAUUAAAGAUCCAAAGAGAGAAGAUGGUUGUCGAAAAGUUGUCUGAGAGAACGAUGUUUAUCUUCUGUGUAAUAUAUGCAAUUAUUAUUUUUAAGUACGGGACUAAUCUUAACAGGGCUUACAUGUGUUUUUAUAGCCUAAUAUUGCUGAUCAGCAUUUAUGCAAAGACACUGCUUGUAGGUUCUGGCUUGAAAAACCUUCUAAGAAUUGUGUGCGUGCGUGUUUGUGUGUGUGUGUGUGUGUGUGUGCGUGUGUGUUUCAUCUUGCGGGUGGGUAAUCUAUGCCAAAGAGAUUUUAUUUUGUAAAGAUGACCUCGCGUUCCUUUUUCUUCCUGUCCUUUUGAAAGAGAGCAUUGCUUGAGUCGCCUGUUGAUCACCUCGUCAUCUUUCUUUAACGCCUUUCAAAGACAACUUAGUCCCGCAUUGAACUAUUUGACACACGGUGCUUGAUCGUCGCCACACUUUGAGACGACAAGUGAGGCCUUUAAGAGGAAACCAAGCGUCGUUCUCUUGAUUUCUUCAAUUGUUUUCACGGGGAGGGAAAGACUUGCAUAGUUAAGAAUAGAAUUUUAAGCAAAAGUAAGAUGCUGGCGUGUGUGAACUUCUUUACCAUUUUAUGUCAAAACUCUGAUUGAUGCAUUGUUUCAACAGAUGGACUGAUUGAUUUAUUGUGCAUUUAUUAAUAAGUCAUAGGGAUGCCAGCUGGAGAUAAAAAACUACUGACAGGGAAAUUUGUACUUGCUAAGAGUUUUUACUGAAAUUUUGCUAAAUAAAAAGGAUAUAUUA